AUGGCCAUGAGCCUGUCUGCCAAAGAGCUGGUGAAGACCUGCUGUGAGACAGGGGAGAAAUGGGCUUCAGCUAAUGGUCACUGCAGCAACAUGGAGCCACCCACAAAAGACAGGCACUCCAUGUGCUGGACUGCCCAACAACAGUGCUGCCUCGGUUCCCUGAGAGAAAGUCGGUGUUUGGCUGGAAUGAAUGCAGCCAAAGCUGGGAGUGUGUGUGAAGAGGACGCCAGCGACAAAUGCGGGGUUGAUUCCUACAAGGCAAGUAUCGGUGACCAGUUCCGCAGUGAGGGGCAUCACUGCGAAGCCCACCAGUACCUGGGUUUCCACUGCAGACACAUCUUUCUGACCUGCUGCGAGGGAAGGGAGGGGAGAACUGGGAAUCAAGAUGGUCGGCACACCAUCCGACAGAGACCUGCUCUGGACUCCACUCUGCUGCCAAAAAAAGUGUCUGACAGCCCGUACCCUAAAGAGGCCUUCUCCAUCGGCGAGGAGCAGGAUGGGGGGAAUGCAGUCGAGGGUCCUGUUGAGGUGGAGGACAUGGAUGAGUGCUUGAUAUAUGGAGGCAGCAUCUGCCACCACAGAUGCAUCAACACAGUGGGCUCCUACCGAUGCGAGUGCUUCCCUGGAUAUGUGCUGCAAGAGGAUGCUUCCACUUGUGCACAAGAGACGUUGGAUGAGGAGAACAGACUGAAGGAGGUUGACAGAGCGGCGGCGGAGCCCACCUCACCACUUCCGCCUCCCACCCAGCCUGCUGUCCCACUCAACCCCUGUGAAGGAAACGGCAUCUGUGAGCAACAGUGCACCCCGGUGGGCGGAAGGCCACAGUGCUCCUGUUUGCCGGGAUUCUCCCUCAGAGCUGAUGGACGCACAUGUGAAGACAUAAAUGAGUGUUUGUCUGCACGUGCCUGCCAGGUGAAUGAGCGCUGCAUGAACACCGCAGGGAGUUAUGUCUGUCAGAGACUGAUCACCUGCCCCCCUGGAUACCAGAUCAACAAUGACCUUUGUGAAGACAUCAAUGAGUGCGUUCAGGGAAGCCACAACUGCGGAGCUGGCUUUCAGUGUGUAAAUACGGAAGGCUCGUUCAGGUGUAAUCCCAGCGCUCGCUGUCCCGCUGGCUUCAAACAGGACCAACAGGGCAGCUGUGUAGACGUUGAUGAGUGUGCUGCCUUGACCCCACCGUGCAGUCCAGCGUUUAACUGCAUCAACACAGUGGGAUCCUACCUGUGUAACAGGAAGAUAAUAUGUAGCCGUGGCUAUCAUUCCAGUCCCGAUGGAUCCAGAUGUGUUGAUGUGGAUGAAUGUCAGGACAGCCUGCGUCGAUGUGAAGAGGGUCAGCGGUGCCAUAAUUUGCCUGGUUCUUAUCGUUGUGAUUGCCAGACUGGCUAUCAGCAUGACUUAUUCAGGAGGAUGUGUGUGGAUGUGAAUGAGUGUCUGGCCAGCCCAUGCAGUCAGGAGUGUGCCAACAUCUAUGGUUCCUACCAGUGCUACUGCAGACAGGGCUACUACCUCAGGGAGGAUGGGCACACCUGUGAAGACAUCGACGAGUGCUCCCAGAGCAUCGGCCAUCUGUGCACCUAUAAGUGUGUGAAUGUCCCAGGCAGUUACCAGUGCGCUUGUCCUGAAUACGGAUACACCAUGUCUCCAAAUGGACGAUCUUGUAGAGAUAUUGAUGAGUGCACCACGAGGGCCCAUAACUGCUCUUUAGCUGAGACCUGCUACAACAUCCAAGGAGGGUACCGCUGCCUUUCUUUCAGCUGCCCACCAAACUACCGCAAAGUGUCUGACACUCGCUGUGAGCGCAUCAGCUGUCCCAACUACCUGGAGUGCCAAAACUCUCCUCUGAGAAUCACCUACUACUACCUCAGCUUCCAGUCCAACAUCGUCAUCCCCGCUCAGAUCUUCCGCAUCGGACCCUCUCCCGCCUACUCCGGGGACAAUGUCAUCGUCAGCAUUACACAGGGAAACGAGGAAAACUACUUCAGCACGAGGAAGCUGAACGCGUACACGGGCGCCGUGUACUUACACCGACAGGUUCAGGGCCCGAGGGAUUUCCUCAUCGACGUGGAGAUGAAGCUUUGGAGACAGGGGACGUUUACCACUUUCCAAGCCAAGAUCUACGUGUUCAUCACAGCCAACUCGCUCUAACAGCCGGAGCUGUGCCGUGGCCAGUAUGGACCUUAAUGCAGUUCAUGAGGACUUUUCAUAUCACUAUUUAACAAUGCCACUGUCCGUCACGACGAGUUUGAGCAGUUAACUUUGCUUUUGUUCAGAUGAAGUUAGUAUUACAACAUUGCCAUUAGGUGUAGUGGAUUGUUCAGAAAGGAGCUUUGUGUCACUUUCUAUUUAUACUCUGUGAUUGCAUGGAAACAUUUUUUUCUUCUCGCAUAUCCUUUAUACAUAUUCCAUAUUUUGAAAGUUUUAAAGUCUGAAUCUAAAAUAAUAUAUUUGAGGAUACAAAAAUAUUCAGGACGCCACAAAAAUUGCAACCAUUUUAGAACCAAUUCUUAGUUUUCUGCUCAAACGAUCCUGUUGUCAUGAGGUGAUAUGCAGCUUGAUAAUUGAGAGAAAGCAGACUUUUUUUCUUAGUUUCUUUGAGUUUCCAUUAUAGAACAACUAUAUCUCUUAUUUUAUUUUCACCUGCACUGCUGCCAACAUUUGUGUUUGAAGUAUUUAAAAAAACUAACUUAACAUUACGCUCUGUGGUGUGUUUUUGUAUCCCUUUAAUCAGAUAUAUUAUGGAUGGAUGUAUCAUAUUUUUUUAUGCUAGAUUCAAGUAUUUUAGUAAAAUAUAAAUAUAUAUAUAAAACGCCACUGUGUUGUGGUGAAUGCUGGCCAAUGUUAUUUUAUAAGGAGCAUUAUUUGUCGAGGAGAAGUGUGGCAUUUCUGUUUUAUAAUUCCUCAGUUAUUUUGUACUUAUUGUGCACCAGUUCUGUUUAAUAGUCUGUAUAUUGUGUGAACAUUCCCAGUAAAGCUGUCAAAAAAUGUAGUUCAUUCUUGUCGGAGCACUGCACACGGUAAAUAUCCUAUUUACAUAGCUGUUCACACCUUGCGAGUGAACUCAACAUGAGCGUCAUCCAUCAUCGUGCGGCUGUUCAUGCGCGCACAUUUUAUGAUGGCUAGUAAAAGUAAUGGCCUUGUAGUGUUUAAUAUCUGAAAUAAAAUGACUGAAAUCUUCCUAUAU